UAUAUAUGUAUAUGUAUAUUUACGUGUACAAUGGAUUCAAUGAGAAAUUAAUGUUCGUUCUAAGGUGGCAAGUCUUAGUGAUAGUAUCAAGCCAAUUACUAGCUUGAAGCUGAUUUUUAGAGGUAACAAAUGAUGUUAGCUUUACUUUUGCGAGCUUGUUUGGUUAUUGACUGCCAUCUAGGAGGAGAUCAAUAUUCUCUGCAGAGAGCAUCCAAGAGUGACCACUGAGCCUGGAAUGGCAUAGGUGGCACACAGCGAUAGAAAGUGUGACGUCUUGCCUAUGUGUAUGAACUACAGGGAGGAACUUGGGCUGUAACCUGCCUCAUCUUUGCUUGGGAGUAACCAAGGAGAAGUGAUGGGAAGGUCUAGUCAGGUCGUUGUUGAGAGCUCAUUGCUCCCAUAGCGAUGUUAGGGCAGAGCCCAGGUAGUUUAUGGAAGGAUUCCACUGAUGUGGUUGCCUGCCACCGCCAAGUUUCUAUGGCGUACUGUGUUUGGGUAGUGCAAUGUGGAAUGUGCUGUGCAUGGGUGGCUUGACUUCAGCUCACAAGAACUGGCCUUUUGUCAAAGAUAAAUCCAGAUCCUGCAAGAAUCCCAUUUUAUGUCUCUAGGUUCACAGAAAAAACUGUGCAGAAAGUUAUGUACAGCUGAAGUACUUCUAUGGAAGGACAGAAAUGUUAAGAGGAAGUACUCCAGAGCAGCUCUGUCGGAGCUGCAAGGCAGUGAUUUAGCAAGUCACCAAGUUACUUAGGUGACACUGCUUGUGUAGAAGGUGUGGCAGAGUCUGUUUGUCUGCAGUGAGCUGGGAGACAGCACAGUGACAGCUCUGUGAUUUCCAUAAAUGGAAAGAAGAUAAUAAAGGAAAUUAAUGGAGUAACUUCUUCAGUGACAGAUUGUCAUGAAGCUCAUUCUCAAAUAAUGUUUCAAUCAAAAAGAAAAUUAGAAAGUCCAUCUGGCACUCACUGUGAUCAAGUACAGCAACCGGUAUGUCAUUCAGUCAGAUGAGACCUCAGACAUCCCAGCUGGUGGAGCUCCAUGUUUUUUAUGUCCCAGAGGAAGUGUGGAACUUCAAGCUGAAUACAGUUCCUGUGGCUCUUACUAGCAAGUUCAUCUCAGCUGGAUUUAUAAGGGUGUCUCCUCACAUCACAUUAAGAGCGCUACGGGAGAAGCUUGGAGAAUACCUGGGUGGAGUUGCAGUUGCAGAUAAAUUCAAAUUUUUAAAAUGCAUUGGGAAAAAGCUAGCAGUGGUAAAAGCAAAGCAAGAAACAGAACUGGAACUGAAGUCAUUUGCUCCCCCUUAUGCACUGUAUCCUGAAUUAUAUUUAUUACCUGGAGCGGAGUACUUUGAAGAUGUUUAUCCAUUAUCAUCAUCAACUGAACAAAGACGUCACUUUAAUGCGGAAGCUAAUAGGUACGGUCAUGGAUCGAGACUACCCAAUCUUCCCCAACAAAAAAGUGAAAAAAGCAGACCAUUUUUAGAAAGCAUACAGAGCAGUCAUCAGCUAGAAAAUAAGGAAGUGCAUAGUCCUGCAGAAUGGACUGAGAAAGAAUCCGUUCCAGUUUUGAACACAGAUCACGAGCAAGACUACAACAGGAUUGCAGAAAAACAGACACAGUUCAGAGUGAAAGAUCAAAAUGGAUCCAGUGGAUCUCUCUUCACACCAAGUCAUUCAAAUCCUGCAGAUCGAGGGUCUGGAAAGAGCUGUAUGCUGUUACAGAAAUCCCAGCAAAACCACCAUAGCGAGGAUCAAAAAGAGCAUAAUACUCCUAAGUGGAAUGACAAAGCCAAAGGAAAUGGUCUUCACAUAAACCACAGCGAUGAACAACGCCAGACUAACCAACCACACCAAAAUCGCGUGAAAUAUCAAAAAGAACUAAACACCAAACUCCUAGUUACAAACAUGGAAAAUAAUGACCACAAAAAAGAUACCAAACUAAGGAGAGACAGAACACGGGAUUCUGGAAAUCUUGAAAUAUUGGAAGACCAAACCACAGAAUAUAUACACAGAAACCAAAGCUUGCUGCAAUACAGAACUAGCAAGUCUGUAACUGGUCCUGGUGAAAAACUGGAUAAUCAGGUAGAUGAGAACAAGCAAAGUCAUCCUACUUGUCCAAAAGAAUAUAUUUCACCUCCUAGUCCGCCUUUUCUGUCACUUUCUGUAAACCCAGCUCAGGUUCCUGCAGUUCAGGCAGAAAAAAACAAGAUGGUAGAACAAUUGGAACAAAUGAAGAAAGACAGAAGGCACAUGGAAAAAACUAGAGAAGAACUUGUCAAAAAAGCUAAAGGGCUACUGGAACAAAAUAAGCUGAGGAGAUACCAUGUUCGUGAGGAAUGGAAAAAGAAAUACUUUGAAACUAAGAAGGCUACAGCUUCACUGGAGGAUGUUUUAAAGAAACUGCGACAAGAUUUGGAGCUUUACCACCAGAAAUUGCUCUUGCAAUUAGAAGCCAGAGAUAGCCGAAAACAACCGAACAGUAUGACAAACUUGAAGAAUAACAAAAUCAUCGAGAUAACUACAGUGCAGCAUGAACUCGAUCAACUGAGGAAGAAGCUGGAUGAUACAAAAAUGAAGCUCAUAAUAGAAAUUAAGAUGAGAAAGCAGGCAGCAUCUGAUUUACGAGCACUGAGAGCAGAACUGACACAGAAGAAGAUUCAUUCAGCUUUAAUUCUCCAGUCUGGGAAAUCAGGUAUUUAAGAGGAUGACCCCACUGUAACAUCUGUAAAGUCUAUAGAAGUCCUA